UCAGUGUAGGAAGGACCUAAAACACAGACCAGGAAAAACACAGCACGGUGAUAAUACUAACGUAAUAAGCGCUCAAGUAGACCUGGAGAUUCAGUUUAGAACGUUUCCCAAGCCCUGUAUUAAACUCUAAUGUACACAUUCAAACCCAUCUGUGUAUAAACAUUACAUUCGGGACACGUUCAUGUAGUUAUGCGCGGAAGUUGAGCUGAAAGUUUGAGACACUCCAAAGAGCUCUGCGCAGAAAGCACAACACCUCGAACCGUGAGGCAGAUGUGCUCCAGAUGUGCUCCAGCUGCAGAAGACCACUAGGAUUGGCAGAACAUCGCCUGGUCUGUACAGUUUGGGAGGAACUUUAGGAGAAUAAUUUAGGAAAGAAUGGAUAUAAAGCCAGCAGGUGGCUCUCGGCUCUUACAGAAGUUUAAACCACAGCUGAUAGAUGCUCUGUGUGGAGAUCCUGACUUUCUGCUCCAGCACUGUCAUUCAUCCCGUUUAUUGACCCAGAGAGAAUAUGACCACGUCAAAGCCUCUGCAGUACCGUGGGAAAAAGCCCGGGACAUCCUGGAUUACAUGAUGGGCAAAGACAGAAAACGUGUUCACGUAUUCCUGAAUCUUUUAAAGGAAAAAGAGUUACAAGAGACAUUUCCUAAACUGGGAUUUCUCAACGAGCUGCCUCUGAGCAAAUCAAACACUAUAGGGAAGAAGAGGAAGAAAAGCAAAGAAAAGCAUCCGGAAGAAGACGAUCCCAGAAAUCAGCCGUGCAAAGUAAUAAAAAGGUCGUCUUUCUCAGCAGGCAGCAGGACGGUGACGGAGAAGGAGCUCAUGAUGGUGGCUCGCCGCAUUGGUGCUGACUGGAAGGAAGUGGGCAGAGUGGCGCUGGAGAUCCCCAGCGUAAAACUGGAACAGAUCGUAGAGGAGAACCCGCACAACCACAGAGAGCGGGUGUUCAGCAUGCUGCGUCUCUGGAGCAUGCGAGAGAGGGAUAAAGCCUCGGCCACUCGCCUGCACUCGCUCCUCACGCAGGAGGAAAGCAGCGUGACGCCCAGGAGCAUCGACUUCCUACUGGAGGAGAGCUAAAGUUAGCGUUACUGCUUUCUGUUCCCAUUACACAUUAUUACUAAGGUGGAUGUGUGGUGAUGAUUUUAUGCACCUGUAUAUAUUGUAUCAUAGGAGGAAGGGUUUCAAAGUAGCUACAUGGACAGAUUUACUUCCUUGAUCUUAUAACAUCUUUAAAAAAAUUUGUUAUUUUGUUUUUCAAAAAUAAUUUUGUAACAUUAUUGUUGUAUAUCAUUUCCUAUCCUAUAAUAUCCUAGUUUGCAUGUUCUCAUGUGUGCUGCAAUAUAUAUAUAUAUAUAUAUAUAUAUAUAUAUAUAUAUAUAUAUAUAUAUAUAUAUAUAUACACACAGUAUCUCACAAAAGUGAGUACACCCCUCACAUUUUUGUAAAUAUUUGAUUAUAUCUUUUCAUGUGACAACACUGAAGAAAUGACCCUUUGCUACAAUGUAAAGUAGAGAGUGUACAGCUUGUGUAACAGUGUAAAUUUGCUGUCCCCUCAAAACAACUCAACACACAGCCAUUAAUGUCUAAACCGCUGGCAACAAAAGUGAGUACACCCCUAAGUGAAAAUGUCCAAAUUUUGCCCAAUUAGCUAUUUUCCCUCCCCGGUGUCAUGUGACUUGUUAGUGUUACAAGGUCUCAGGUGUGAAUGGGGAGCAGGUGUGUUAAAUUUGGUGUCAUCACUCUCACACUCCCUCAUACUGGUCACUGGAAGUUCAACAUGGCACCUCAUGGCAAAGAACUCUCUGAGGAUCUGAAAAAAAGAAUGUUGCUCUACAUAAAGUGCACGUGCUCAGCGUCAUAUCCAGAGAUUGCCUUUGGAAAAUAGAUGUAUGAGUGCUGCCUGCAUUGCUGCAGAGGUUGAAGGCGUGGGGGGUUAGCCUGUCAGUGCUCAGACCGUACGCCACACACUGCAUCAAAUUGGUCUGCAUGGCUAUUGUCCCAGAAGGAAGCCUCUUCUAAAGAUGAUGCACAAGAAAGCCCGCAAACAGUUUGCUGAAGACAAGCAGACUAAGGACACGGAUUACUGGAAGCAUGUCCUGUGGUCUGAUGAGACCAAGAUAAACUUAUUUGGUUCAGAUGGUGUCAAGCGUGUGUGGCGGCAACCAGGUGAGGAGUACAAAGACAAGUGUGUCUUGCCUACAGUCAAGCAUGGUGGUGGGAGUGUCAUGGUCUGGGGCUGCAUGAGUGCUGCCGGCACUGGGGAGCUACAGUUCAUUGAGGGAACCAUGAAUGACAACAUGUACUGUGACAUACUGAAGCAGAGCAUUCGGAGACCCUCCCUUCGGAGACUGGGCCACAGGGCAGUAUUCCAGCAUGAUAACGACCCCAAACACACCUCCAAGAUGACCACUGCCUUGCUAAAGAAACUGAGGGUGAAGGUGAUGGACUAAACCCUAUUGAGCAUCUGUGGGGCAUCCUCAAACGGAAGGUGGAGGAGCACAAGGUCUCUAACAUUCACCAGCUCCGUGAUGUCAUCAUGGAGGAGUGGAAGAGGACUCCUGUGGCAACCUGUGAAGCUCUGGUGAACUCCAUACCCAAGAGGCUUAAGGCAGUGCUGGAAAAUAAUGGUGGCCACACAAAAUAUUGAUACUUUGGGCCCAUUUUGGACAUUUUCACUUAGGGGUGUACUCACUUUCCUUGCCAGUGGUUUAGACAUUAAUAGCUGUGUGUUGAGUUAUUUUGAGGGGACAGCAAAUUUACACUGUUACACAAGCUGUAUAUAAUCAAAUAUUUACAAAAAUGUGAGGGGUGUAUAUGUAUAUGUGUGUGUGUGUAUAUAUAUAUAUAUAUAUAUAUAUAUAUAUAUAUAUAUAUAUAUAUAUAUAUAUAUAUAUAUAUAAUGUAGUUAAAUAUAAUGAUACAUUCCAAAAGGAUUCAUGGUGCAGACGGAUCUCUCAGGAACAGAUUUGAGUUUUAGUAUGUUUUUUAUUUGUAUAUAAAUUUCUGGGCUUUUUUUUAUUUUGUGUCUUUUGUACUGGUUGCAUUAAAAAAAUAUUGCUCCCAA